AUGGCUGACGAGUUCGAGUUCGCGGACAAGGUCCCCCCUUCGUUUGAUGGCGUGGCUGCUGCAAAAGGGUUUAACCCUGGAUUGAUAGUGUUGCUUGUUGUUGUUGGACUACUGGUGAUUUUCCUGGUUGGAAACUACGCACUUUACGUGUAUGCUCAGAGAACUGUUCCCCCUAAAAAGAAGAAGCCGGUGUCGAAGAAGAAGCUGAAAAGGGAGAGACUGAAGCAAGGCGUUUCUGCUCCAGGAGAGUAA